AUGGCUCUUCAGCUCGGGAAGCUCACAAUCCUCAUCGGUGCAGGUCUUGUUGGGUCAGUGCUUGCUAAAGACGGGGGCUUACCAGAUGUAUCCAAUUUCGUCUCCGGUGCUUUUAAGAUGGUAUUUAGACAAUUGAAACAAGGAGAACCUGCCAAGUCAGCCAGCAAGCCUCACAGUGAUGCACUUACAGCCCAGGUUAACAGUCUUCGGCAUGAAUUGCAGUUGCUGGCUUCAAACAGACCUAUCACUAUAAUUUCCUCAGGAGGAUCAGGUGGUAGAAAGUAUGGUGUAAUCAUUAUUAUUGGGGUGAUAGGGUACGGAUAUGUAUGGUGGAAGGGCUGGAAACUUGAAGAUUUCAUGUUUGCAACAAGGCGCAGCUUAUCAGAUGCAUGCAAUAAUGUUGGCACCCAGAUCGAUGGCUUUUAUUCAUCCCUCUCGGGUACAAAACGGGAGUUAGGUUCAGAAAUUGACAGGAUGGAUCGUACUUUAGAUGCAAAUUCAGUAAUUAUUAAAGAAACGGGAAGAGAGGUGAUUGAGUUGCGGGAUGGAACAGCAAAUAUGAAGGAUGAAGUUAGGUCUGUUUUCGAGGCUGUUGAAACUCUGGCCAGCAAAGUCCAUCGCAUUGAGGGGAAUCAGGAUCUCACGCUUAAAGGAGUUGGAGCUCUGCAUGCUCAGUGUCGGGAGCACAAAAGAAUUCAAGAGUCCAAUAAGGCUUUGCCUUCAACAUCUUCAGUGCCAGCCCUUGAGCCAGCUCCUUUGACACCAUCAUCAAGGACUCUGUCUUUGCCUCCUCCUUCUCCCCGUGAAUCGCAAUCACCGUCAACCCCUAAUGGAGCUCAACAGUCAAAUGGUCCACUUCAGCACACUCAGUCUAUGUCUGGUUUGAAGGAUAUAAGACAAAGUCCUAGGAGCGGUGAGACUUUCUCCAAUGGAACACAUUCUGGAGAAGCCACGGGAAACACAACAAGUUCAGGCUUGUUUAGUAUUUUUUCAAUGCCGAGAUUAGGGAGGACUCGUAGUGCGUUGAACGCUGUGCCUGCUAACUCAACUGGUCCCCAAUAG